GAGAAAAGCACAGGAGCUCAUCGCUCAGGACUCCGGCACUGAGCUUACUCCUCACCUCCUCAUCUUCAGUGAUGGCCGCCCAGCAGAUGGCAAACAGACGUUGGAGCUGGUGCAGCAGAUGUUGCACGAUUCGCCGGCCUUGCACAUACAUUGCAUAGGGUUUGGCGAGGGCUUAGAUUUCCACAUGUUGCAGCAGUUGGCAGCGAUUGGGCGCGGGCAAUUUGCGCCAUCUUCUCGCUCCAUCGCAGCACUGCAUCAGGCAUUUGCCUCCGUGACGUCCUCAAUCACAAAGACCCAAACAGUUUCAGCCAGCCAAAGCAGCAAGUCAAGCGCCUUCUCAUUUGGUGGCAGCCAUGGUAGCCAAGAAGAUGCUGGACGGAGCUCAGGGGAAAAGAAGCUUUCUCAGCGAAGGCCUGUCACUUUCGAACCCUUCAGCCAAAACGUGGCUAAUGGCGGUGGUACCCAAGUGGUUGCUUUUGCUUGCAGUCGCACUGGCUUCACUUACACAGGCACAUCAUUCGCAGAGAGAGUGCACCCAAGUCGGCCAGAUCAUAAGGCCUCCAUGCGAGCGAGACCUUACACUGAAGGUGGCAUGCGUUUGGUCCACUGCUUCCAAGAUCCUAACAUCCAGUCUGCAGACGACAGUCCGAUGCGCAUGGUGGCGAAAGUGUCCAGAUACUUGGAUGAAAAGCACAACUCUAUCCAGGUCGUUUCGGCCUAUGCCAAAAGCAGUGCAGUCGCCAUCUACUAUGCCCGCCUGUUUCGCCAGUACGCUUUGAAAAUCCUCGGUGAGGACGCGAAGCAGUUGGCGAGGAUCAUUUUCAUGGAAUGCUAUGUUUACAGUUCAGAAAGUGAUGAGGCACCAGCGCAAUUCAUGGCUUGCGAGCGCUAUCUUCCGGGUGUCUUUCUAAAGUACAACAACAACAAUGGCUAUGUGCACCAGGAAGCACCGAACAAUGAGAUUGCCCAGGCGUUCUCGCAUUUCACCUUCGAGUUCAGCCUGGGCAAGCAGAUGGUCCUAGACCUGCAGGGCAUUCACCUGGACAAAGCGGACCGAUCACGCCCCCAUAUCAUCAUGACAGAUCCCCAGGUCGUCUCGCUUGAGAAGUCCUUCGGUCCUGGUGACCUUGGCGAAAGGGGCAUGGCAGCUUUCUUCAAGUCCCAUGUGUGUGGCAGCACCUGCCGCAGCCUGAGGCUUGAUGGCAAAGCUUGGAAGAAGAUGCGCGGGACAUCGCAACAUGUUGAGCCAGGAUCGCAAGCAUCAAAUGAACACGCAUCGAGCAGUGGCCUUGGGUUAGCUGCUCUGGCUGAGCUGCCAAUCCAGCAUUGGCCCGCAGAAGGCUUAGCCUCGCCGAUGCCUCUGGCAGAACCAGCUGCCACCCGCAGACCCAGAAAAUGGGUACCUCCGCGAGCAAGCAAUUCAUUGAGUGAGUCUGGGGACAUCAUGAGUUUGCGCCCUUCCGUGCCCUCCUCGUCGGCAUCCUCAGCUCCAGCCACUCUGCAGACUUUUCACAAGGCCCCACCUGCACGGAUUCCACGCAUAUCAGAAUCGCUGGCUUUCAAGCCGUUCUUCAGCCUUCCAGGGGUCAAGACUGACGGGCCACUUUCGGAUCUGAUGGCCCGUACGCAAAGAGGUUGGGAGGAAGAGUGGGCCCAAUUGGCGGCAAAGGGCCGAGCAGAGGAUGCGCCACGGCCAGCACCUGCAGGGGCAACCCCGGGCCCCAAAGCUCCUCCAAUCCCCUAUGCCCCUAAGGCGGCUCCGAAAGCAAAAUCACCUCCACAAGCAAAUCUGCUAGAUUCGGAGGAGCUACCUUCACAGGCACCACUUCACAAGGCUGCGCAGGAAACAGCCCCCAAGACGGCUCCCAAACCUAAGCCAACGCCGCCGGAACCCCUGUUUGAGUCGGCAGAGCCGCCAGCUCACAGCAUAUCGGAUCUCGCUCGAAGUGUCCAGCCGCCAGCUACGGGGGCAACUCCGUCAGAUUUCGGCCAGACCAGAAUGCUUGUUCCCGCAGAGAUCAUUGUCGAGGAGGCCAGCUGGUCGUCGCCAGGUUGGCGCAGAUCUGAGACGGCGGCGGAGGAUGCGCCACGGCCAGCACCUGCAGGGGCAACCCCUGGCGUCAAAGCUCCUCCAAUCCCCUAUGCCCCUAAGGCGGCUCCGAAAGCAAAAUCACCUCCACAAGCAAAUCUGCUAGAUUUGGAGGAGCUACCUUCACAGGCACCACUUCACAAGGCUCCGCAGGAAACAGCCCCCAAGGCGGCUCCCAAACCUAAGCCACCGCCGCCGGCACUCGUGUUGGAUUCUGCAGAGCGGCCAGCUCACAGCAUAUCGGAUCGCGCUCGACGUGUUCAGCCGCCAGCUCCGGCGGCAACUCCGUCAGAUUUCGGCCAGACCAGAAUGCUUGUUCCCGCAGAGAUCAUCGCCGAGGAGGCCAGCUGGUCGUCGCCAG